AUGGUGACUUACUUUGCGAAUAGCGUCAAUUUAAGUGCACACAUUGUGGGAAGUUGUAGGCUCCUCGUCACGACGUCUUCUCCAAAGCGCCGCAAAGUCUCCCCCGAGCCUCGAAGCAGCCCAGGAGAGGCCCGACGUCACGGCCGCUCUGAACCUCCCCCGGUUCCCUUGCCACCCCGUCGGCACUCAACCUCGAACCGCAGGAGCAAAAGCGCCUCGUCGUCGCCUCCCCACUACGUGCCCGCUCAUCUGCAGUUUCCGCGCUCCGGAACCAGAUCCAAGUCCGGUGUGCGCUCGCCGACCCCCGCGACCGCAUACUCUGGACUCACCUUGUCGAGCGAGCAUUCUGACAUGCCCUCUGACCACCGCGACGGCACCCCGCCGGCCACCAGCGAGGGGCGGUCGCCUUCCCCGGGUGUCAAGCGCCCGGCCUCCGAGAUCGCGGAUUCUGACCCCGAGGGAGGUGUGAGCACGGCUGUCAACAAUGAUACCCACCUGUCGGAGAACAACGGUGGUGCGCAGGACAAUGGUGUCUAUCCCACCCCGUCUAGCAUGGAUACCUACACUGCAUCGACUGCGACCCGCGAACAUUCGAAAGCUGAAUCUGCCGAGUCCGAUGACAUCCCUUCGAUCGACGAACAAGUGGCUCAAGUGACCGCGGCGAUGAACCAGCCCCUCCAGGAUGGUGACAAGGGAUAUGUGAUUUCCAUGGCUUGGCUCAAGAAGGUGCUCGUGCGGAGCUCCUCUCAUGCCGAUCAAGUGGAAAAGGAAUUUCUGGAGAGUGACCUUGGUCCUAUGGACAACACCGACAUCGUCCUGGACACGGACCCCACGACCAGUGGCUUCAAAGACGAGGCUGGCGAGCCGUUCGUCCCGAUGCGACCUGGCCUGCAACUCGGCGAAGACUACGACAUUGUGCCUCAGCAAGGUUGGGACUUGAUCAUGAAGUGGUAUGGUCUUGCCGACCCGUCACCCAUCAUCCUUCGCUACGCACGCAACACGAACCCAUCUGGUGACAUUCCGAAUGUUAUCUACGAGCUCAACCCUCCAAUUUUCACUAUCUUCAAAUUGAUCAACCCCGCGAAGGGAACCACGCCAAAGGUCCUGAAGGAGAAGAACAUGCCGGCCGCGAAAGCCCUGGCCAGUCGUCAGAUGAACUUCCAGAAGUGGCUCAAGAACGCCAAGCAGCUGGGCGGAAUCGACAUGUCUACUAAAGUCCGGGUAUGGAAAGUCCUGGGCGGUCUACGAAGCGCCAAUGCAUCUGCGACAGCGACCCCGGCUGUCUCACGCAGUACGUCCCCGGCCCCGGCAGCGGCCCUGAUUCCCAGUGCCAACGACAAGCUGCUUGUGGACCUCAACACCUUCACUUCCCUGUCCGAGGGCAGUCAACGAGUGUUGGUUGAUGGUGUCAAGGAUCAGACCGCCAAUGAGAACUACAACGGCCGCAUGACACUGGACAUGGCAGGUCUCGCAGGAACCGAUGUUGUCAUCCUAGAGGAACAGGCGGGUGGAUCCAAGGGUGGGAAUUGGAUUUCCGAAGCUUCAGCACAGACGCUCAAGCGCCUUGGUAUCGCUGAGCAGCAAUCAAAGGAGGUCACUGCUCCCACCGUCGCCAAAAGCCCCAUGGCCAGUGGUCGGUCCACACCGGUCAAGGAGCUUCCGCAAGAGAAAAAGCGUCAAACCUUGGGCCUGGCUAUCACUGGAAUGGAAAACAUGGGCAAUACUUGCUACCAGAAUGCGGCAACGCAGUGCAAUUCCUACGUGGCGGAGUUGAACCCCGAAAACCUGCUUGCGUACCAUGGCCAAAUCGCCAAAGCGUAUGCCGGUCUCCUCCGCGCCAUCUUCCGUGAUCCGACACCGUCGUCUAUCUCUCCUGCGAACUUCCGCCGCACGAUCGGCAAGUACAAUUCCGCCAUGUCCGGAUUUGAACAACAUGACAGCCAAGAAUUCUUGAUGUUCCUCCUUGACGGGCUGUCUGAAGAUCUGAACCGGAUUCGGGACAAGCCGUACAUCGAGAAGCCCGAUUCCACAGAUGAGAUGGUCCACAACCGCGCCGCACUGGAAGAAUUUGGUGUCAAGUCAUGGGAUAUGUACAAGGCUCGCAAUGACUCGGUGAUCACGGAUCUUUUCGCUGGCAUGUACAAGUCGACGCUGGUUUGCCCCAAGUGUGACAAGGUCAGCAUCAUCUUUGAUCCUUUCAGCACCCUGACCUUGCAAAUCCCGGUGCCCCAAUACUUUUCCCGGGAGGUCGUCUACAUGCCGUUGAAUGGUGAACCCGUGAAGGUAGGGGUGGAGCUGGACCACAUGCCCACCCUCGAGGGCUGGAAACUCGCCGUUGCCAAGAAGGUGAACACUGAUGCGGAUCGAGUGAUCGCGGCCGAGGUUCACAAACACAGCUUCUGGAGGGUUUUCGAUUCCGACGAGGAGAAACGAUCAGUCAACAAAUUGCACGUCGCCUCCCACGACCUCGUCGUCUUCAUCGAAGUGGACGUUGUUCCACCUUCGCCCGAACGCCACGAUACCCCGACCCUCAAGUCGCCUGAGACUGAUCGCAUCAUUGUUCCUAUUUUCCACCGAAAGAUUGACCAGAACAGGAACACUGGCUUUUCUCGCCGUGAGAACUUCCUUGUUCCGUCGUUGAUUGUCCUCACCCGCGACGAGGCCCAAGACUACGAGACCAUCUACCGCAAGCUCCUGCGCCAUGUUGCUACCAUGACGACCCGCGACAUUUUCAACGAUAAACUCAUCUCAGAUGACGUGGCUGAGGGAGGAUUGGAGGACUCCGAUACCGUGGUGAUGAAUGAGGAUGAUGCGAAAUCUGCCGACUCGCGGAUCAAAACCUCCUCUGUUGAAGGCGAAGACAGCCUUGUCGAUAUUUCCAUGCAUGAUACUUCUCAACUCGGCGAGGCCUCCAGCCCGGCCACCGAAGCGACCAGCAAGCUCGCAGAAUCUACUGGGCACCUGCCCGGCAUCGCGCAUGGAUUGCAGCGUCUCUUCGACGUCAAGGUUGCCCAAAGUUCGGAACCCGUGCCUCUUGGCCGCCAGCUCAAUCCCUCCAAAAAUACCCACUCAUGUCCUCUCGCAUCACGCCUGCACCCGCCUCGCCUAAGCUCCACGAAUGACAUCAGUGAUGAAUACAGCGACACCGACGGUUCUGACAAUGAACCCAACACCAGUGGUUCCAACUCCGAUGUGUGGUCGCUCAUUUCUUUUGGGGAAGCAAUCUUGCUCGACUGGAACGACGAAGCUCGCGAUGCUCUGUUUGGUCGACGUGGAAAUAACACCAAUGACCCUCGUGGAGAGUUCACUUUCUCCAAGGCCAAUGGCAUUGUGGACCCUGAAUUGAUCCGGCAGCGUCGAAUCCGAGAACAGAACCAGGCCCGCGGAGUUCCCCUGGACAACUGUCUGACCGAGUUCAGCAAGGAGGAAAUUCUCUCUGAAACUGAUGCUUGGUACUGCCCUCGCUGCAAGGAACAUCGUCAGGCCCGCAAGAAGUUUGACCUCUGGAAGACCCCCGACAUUCUGGUCGUUCAUCUCAAGCGCUUUGGCGCCCAGACCCGCUUCUCGCGGCUGAAGCUUGAUACUAAGGUAAACUUCCCUAUUGAGGGCUUGGACCUGUCUGGUCGUGUGCAGGGGCCGCAUGACGACAAGGGGUUUGUGUAUGAUUUGAUCGGAGUCGACUGUCAUGUUGGCAGCAUGUCCGGCGGCCACUACACUGCCUAUGCCAAGAACUUCAGGACGGGCAAAUGGUGCUCCUACAACGGUAUGUAUCUGCGCUGCUCUAGUGAAAUCGAAUUAAAUAUCACUAACUCUCGUCCAGACUCUCGUGCUGCAGAGCUGAACAACCCCGCCGUAGUUGUAAGCCCCACGGCUUACUUGCUGUUCUACCGCCGUCGGUCCAGCCGUCCUCUGGGUGGACCGAAACUUGAAAAAAUUGCGGCUUCGUUCAAGGAUCCCGCGGCCAACGACGAUUCGAUGAAUGAAUCGCGUGGCCAGUCCCCGUCGGGGGAAGUGAAGCCCAGCGAGGAUGAGAACACGGACAGCGGGCCCGGCUCUGAACAAGAGGAAGGUAUGCACAACGCCGAGGGGGAGGAUCUUUGGCUCGAAUCCGACGACCCGUUCCACCUUUUCCAGGAUCCUUCGUGGUCUUUCGAUCCCGUACCCGAAGCUCACGACCUCGAACAGAUGAUCAACCGCUCUCCGGUGUCCUCCUCUAAUGGAGGCUUCGACGACCUUUUUGGCGAGACUGACAGCACCUUGGCUGUCAGUGACAUGGAGGAAAUGGAGGAGACCAGUCGGGAAAACCUGGGUGAGGACGAAGAGGUUGUUUCGGUCUGA